UUAAUAUAUUAUUCAAAGUAUUCAAGAUUCUUAUUAAAUACUUAUUCAGCUAGAACUGUACAUUUUAAUUUUCAUGAUAUGUUUUCCAAAGAAAACUCAUUAAAAUCUGUGAAAUGUUUUAAAUCUCUAUGUCCUAAGCUGAAUAUUGAUGGUAAACGCCAAGCUGCUGUUCUUAUUCCGUUAUGCAUUGUUAAAGAUGAAAUAUCCUUAUUGUAUACAUUAAGGACCAAUAAUUUAAAAAGAAAUAGUGGUCAAGUAUCAUUUCCUGGUGGUAUGCGUGAAACAGAUGAACAACUACAAGAUACAGCAUUAAGAGAAUCUUGUGAAGAACUUGGAAUAAGAAAUAUUGGUGUUAUAGAACCAGAGAAAUUAAAUAUUUCCAUUGAAGAAGUACAAAAACCGCCAAAUAAAUUAAUGAUGAUUCCAGUAUACACAAAUGAAUAUAAAAGAAUAUGGGGAAUGACUGCUUAUAUGACUUGGUUGGUAUUAAAAUCCAUUAUACCAGAUAAGUUUGAUCAAAAACUUUCUUCAUAAUUAUAUAGAAGUUGAAAAGUAUGAUAAUUGUUUUAUCUUUGAUAGUUACCAUUUUAAGUCUUAUAUUAUGAGGACGUCAUACCCGCUAAUGUUUUACUAACACAUAACAUAUCAAAUGUAUAGCCAGCAGUUCCAAUUUCUUCUUAUUAAUUUUAAUACUAGAAUGAAUUGAAUGAAUUGGCUAGUUAUAACAUUUAAAUGUAAGAAUAUUAUCUAUGUUUUUUCUAUGGUUUUUUACAAUAUUUAAAUUUUUAA